UUCUUCGAGGAUGGGCGGGGUAUCUGCUCCACCUCUUGCUCCUGUUGCGGGGUCGGCAGUGACAGUGGCGCUUGACUCGCCCUUAUUGCUUCUAGUAGUUUGUCGAUCCUUGCGUCCAUCUUCUCUUCCAUCUUCUGUAGUAGCCUUUCGUUGUUUUCGUUGAUCAUGUCGUAUAUUUCUCGCCUUGUCACGGGCGGUUCUCCGGUGUUAUGGUGUUGGCAUGGUGGCUGCUGCUUGCUGUGGGGCGUUUCUUUCGACUUGCUUCCCUUAACUGCAGCCAACCACUUAAGCUUCCCGUCUUCCUGCUGCGACGGCGGCAGGUGUUUUUGCUGGCUCUUGUGUCUUUCGCGGCUGUCGGUGCGCCGUUGGCUUUCGCUGCACUCGCUUUUCUCCCUGCUCGGCAGCUGUGGAAAGUCCGAUGACGUCAUUGGUGGUCUUGUCUUCUGGAGCUGUUGCUGUUCGCGUUCCUCUCGGCGCUCCCAUUGUCUUUUCGUGACGACGAAGGGGACCUUGAACUUGUUCUUGCAAAUUCUAUCUGCCGUCGGAUGCGCUCCUCCACAUAGCUUGCAACUUGGCUUGCAUGCCUUCUCGUGGUCCGCGUCGGGGUUGGCCUCCCCGCACGCGAAGCAUACUCUGGUCUCCGGGGUUGGACAUACGUCGAUGCGGUGUCCGACUUUUCCGCAACAUCUACACACUUCAUGAUG